UCCAACGCUGCACAUCGCCCGCCAACUCGAGAUCGCCGUCCCCGGAAGAGCCGCCAACAAGUCGAAGAAGUUCGUCCGCUGUAAAUUUUUUGUGGGGUUGCCAUCUUUUGUGUUUUGGGUUUUUUCAAAAUCUGCGUCAAAAGCAAUACAAUGCGAAAUGUACCGCCAAUGUCGAGCAGUGGCGGCGGCAAGUGGUUCAGUUUGGUCGUAUUAGCCUGUUGCUUGGAGGCGGCGAUUUUUGCCGUGGCCGCCGAAGAUUUGCCAUCGAUAACCGCCCAAAGUGAACCCGAACUCGAAAAUGCACAGCAACUUGAAAUGUCGAAGAGGGGAUGGGAUAAGGAAUUGAAAAUAUGGGGUAAAAGGGCCUGGACCAGCCUUCAUGGGGGGUGGGGGGCCAAAAGGAGCGCCCCCUCAACAUGGGAGGACCAAAUGGUUUACAACUCACAGCCUAUUGCCGAAAAACGCGCCUGGCAGAGAUUGCAGAGCGGGUGGGGAAAGAGAUUUUCCCCGGACGACGAAAUGGCGAUAAAUCAGCUAGCUUCAAUGCUCGAACGAGAUCAACAGAUGGAACAGCCCUACACUGAGUACGGUCCUGAAGGGCACAUGAAUUUAAAUAACGACGAUAAGAGGGGGUGGGGUGAGUUUCACGAUGGAUGGGGGAAAAGAAGCAACAACUGGAACAAAAUGAGAGGUGUAUGGGGUAAACGUGAUCCAGCCUGGUCAAACCUCAAAGGUCUCUGGGGCAAAAGAAGCAUGCCCAACGAGAUUUCAAAGUAAUUCACAAAAAUUCUCAAUUAUAUUUAAAAAAACUAAAAUAAUUCCUUAAGGGCACAUUCUCCAAUUAACUUUCUACUAAUGUACGCCCCUUAAAGAAUUAUUUUU